AGAGAAAAGGGGGGGAUGGGAAGCAAGGCAGGAGGGGGAGGGGCCUCGGCGAGCCCAGAAAAACGACAACGCGAGAAAAAUUAGUAUUUUUGCACUUCACAAAUUAAUGACCAUGAGCUCGUUUUUGAUAAACUCUAACUACAUCGAGCCCAAGUUCCCUCCCUUCGAGGAGUACGCGCAGCACAGCGGCCCGGGCAGCGGAGACAGCGGCCCGGGCGGGGGGCCCAGCUACCAGCAGCCCCCAGCGCCCGCGGCCCAGCACCUGCCGCCGCAGCAGCCCCAGCUUCCCCAUGCGGGCAGCGGGCGCGAGACCCCUGCCUCCUACUACGCGCCGCGGGCGGCCCGCGAGCCCUCCUACCCCGCGGCCGCGCUCUACCCUGUACACGGUGCUGCCGACACCGCCUAUCCCUAUGGCUACCGCUCCGGUGCCAGCCCUGGGCGGCAGCCGCAGUCCGAGCAGCCCACGGCGCACACCAAGGGUCCAGCGCACGGCCUGCAUGCGAGCCAUGUCCUGCCGCCCGGGCGGCAGCUCCCUCCGCAGCCUCCCCCGCAGCAUCGCGCGGCGCCCCCUGCGCCCCCACGGCGCUGCGAGGCGGCCCCCGCCACCCCGGGCAUCCCAGCAGGGGGCAGCGCCCCCGCGUGCCCGCUGCUCCUGGCCGACAAGAGCCCGCCGGGCCUGAAGGGCAAGGAGCCCGUGGUGUACCCCUGGAUGAAGAAGAUCCAUGUCAGCGCCGUCAACCCCAGUUAUAACGGAGGGGAGCCCAAGCGUUCUCGAACCGCCUACACCCGGCAGCAGGUCUUGGAGCUGGAGAAGGAGUUCCACUUUAAUCGCUACCUGACCCGGCGGCGCCGCAUCGAGAUCGCCCACACGCUCUGCUUGUCCGAGCGCCAGGUCAAGAUCUGGUUUCAGAACCGGAGGAUGAAGUGGAAGAAAGAUCACAAACUGCCCAACACUAAGAUGCGAUCCUCCAGCUCGGCCUCAGCCUCAACGGGCCCGCCAGGGAGAGCACAAACUCAGAGUCCACACCUGCAUCCCAACCCCCACCAGGGCGCCUCCACACCCAUUCCCUCUUCCAUAUAAUCUCCUAGAGAUCUAGACGAGUUUCUUUUCCUCCCCUCCUUUUCUUCUCUCUUCUACCCUUUCCCCCAUCCACCCUCCCCGUCUGGACCAUAAAAGACCCCAAAACGAAACCCACCUUGGUGAAAAGGAUAAUAAAAAAAAGAAGACAUUACCCCGGUAAGAGCGUAUGUUAGUUGCUACCCAAGAGAGGACAAUGGCCACGAUGCUGGCUGGUGGAACAACCUAUUGGCCUGAAUAAGACUGCUAGGUUUGGGUACCCUGAGAAGGACCACUGCAUCAAAUACUUCUGAGAUGGCUAAAGUCAGCAAAGCAGCCUAUGCUGACUGAGGACAUGUACAUGAAUACUUGUUGCAAGCAGAAGAAAACACCCUUUUCCCAACUUCCUUACAUCCUCCUCCCCCAUUAAGGAAGCUCUCAUACAAGCUUGUGUUGAACUGAAUAUAUGAGUAGACAUUGUGGACCUCACAAGAUUAUUUAAUUCUCAAAAUGUGGCAGUUGAUGUGACACAUGUUAGUUUCCCUUCCUUGCGUUUAUUUAAAAUACUGUUAACAGAGAUACUGGUGUCUUAUUCUAAGACACAAUCUUGAGGGAGAGGAGAGUGCAUUUAGACCCAUGUGCAUUGUACAAAUUGUGGUGUGGCUAUAUAAAAAGCCAUGUGCUAAGAAUAAACUCCGUUUAAAAAAACAUUGAAGUUCUAAGACAGGAUUGUGUGUUUCCUAAUUUAAUUUUAAAAAAGAAACAAGUUCUCUGGAUUGAGAUGCUUGACUUGCAUGUAAAAAUUUUGUAGAUGGCUUGAGGUGUGUUCACUUGGACUGAUUGUCCCAUAAUUUGUGUCAGUGUGUUCAACUUGAGCUGAACUCUUGUUAAGUUUGACCCACUGUGGGAAAAGUUCCAAAGAGCAGAAAGGCUCUUGAGUUCUGAGAGGGCUCCUCUUCUUCCCAAACUUGGCCAGGCUUUCAGCCUUCAAGUCUCUGUAAGGCACAGAAACGCGUCCUUCCCUGCAAUGAAAGAUGAAACCAUGCAGUACUGUGGCCCAGGAGUUUCUGCAGCUGUUCUACAUGCUGAACACCAAGCACACUUGGAAAGAAGUAGUCCCUUUGGUAUUUAUUGCACCUUCACAUUUAAUCUGCCUGUUUCCAUGGAAAUAAAAAAUAGUUUGUGCAAAGGGUUGAGAUUGCUUUUUGUUUCUUGGCUGUUUUUAAGGUUCUUUUCUUCCCUAGCUCCAGCUUGGGAAUUUUUGUUUGCUUUUCUGUUUCUUUUCUUUCUUUCUUUCUUUUUUUUUUAAAGGAAAAGCUUUCAAAAUAAACUGAGUUUUCUCAGUACACCCUCCAGAGUUUCUCCUGAGAAAUGAAAAAGCGUAAUGACAUCCCAAACCACACCCCAAGCAAGGCAGACCUGGGAGUAUUCAGUGCUGGCAGAAAGCCAAACUCUCAGCUAGGGUCACUUUCCUUAAAUGUGCUUAGAUCCCAAAGGUUGAAAAUCAAAACCCACUUCUCAGUCUGGAUAGCCUCAGUAUUUGUUUACUGAUUUACAAAUCAGUAAAGAGGAUUUAGACUUGGUAGUCACUGAAGGGAGUACUUUGAUGCAGAAAACCAACAAUGCUAGCCUCAGAAUAUUAGAACUGUCACCUGGCCUUGAAUGAGUGCAGUUUUUAGUUCAUGUAAUAAUUUUGGCAGAGAUUGGAGUAGGCACUAAUCUACCUUUGCAAUAUCAGAGGAAUUUUAAGAACGUUUUUCCAUCAAUAGCAUACCUUUAGCCGGUGGUCAGGGCUGGUACCGCUUUCGCCUCUUCUGCCCUGUGUGUGAUACAGGCAUGGGUGAUCAGUUUGCUACCUAUGAACAAACCAGAUCUGAGAGGAAAAUGAUGGACACCAGUCUCUGAGGGGUCUCCACCUCUCCCCAGGAAAAUUCAGAGACAAAUAAAUACACUUGGUCCCACGUCGGGCCAAACCUGGCAUAAAGUGCAUUUUAUAAGGUGUGAACGGGUGCCAGGGAUUUCUGGAGGCGCUGCAACUGCUGCUGAAACUUACUGACCCUCCCUCUUCUACAGGAACUUGUAAAACGAAAUUAAAUCGCGCUGAAAAUAGCAAUUUUCCCGGGGAUCAUUAAUCACCUCAUACAAUAAAUACUUCUUUGUAAU